AUGUUGAAGUCACUGGACAUGAAUACAGUCAUGAAGUAUCAAAUAAAGAUUGGAUCUUUAUUUAAUUCACUAGCUACAACUGCAGCUGCUUUCCAUCCCUUAAAGAAUGCUGACUGUCUUAGUUACCUCCAAUUAGUACUACAAAAGUUUGGGAAUGCAGCCAAAGACAAACUUAAAGUGGCUGGGAUCGUUGAAGAUGAAAUGGCUGCUUUAGAAUGGCAAUUAGCUCCAGCCGCUGAUAAAACAGUUACAAAAGAGAGAAAAGUUGAGUUUGUAAGUGCUGGAGUGGAGUCACAACAGUCUGAUGGAUGGAUGAAAUGUAGUGCAAACCAUGAGGAAAUUGAGAAGAAAACAACUCCGAUGAGGAAGAUCAAAAUGAGAUUGCACAAAAAGAUGUCCCUUCUGUUAUUUUUGGCGGUUUGA